GCCUGAAGGCAUCAUAACACAACAUAGCUAGCUAGCUUAACCAGAGCAGCUCAUAUGAUGAUGUCCUGCAGUCAGAGCAGACUGGACUAAAGGGAGCAGCUGUGCGAUUUAAAACUCUACUGCUGAAUAAAGCAAGAGGAGUCAACCACUGAAAGAUGGAGGAGCUUGAGAGCAGCGCUCUGGGCCGGGUAACAGUGUACUCCAUGCCGGGCUGCCCACACUGUAUGCGGGCUAAAGCCACCCUGGGACGUUUGGGAGUACCAGUAGUUGACGUGGAUAUGGGAAGGCAUCCAGAGCUAAUAGCCAGGGUGAAGGCACUGACAGGACGCACCUCAGUCCCUCAGAUCUUCUUUAACAAUAUUCAUGUUGGGGGCAACGAUGACCUGCAGAAAUUGGCUCCUGACGAGCUCCAGAGGUUGGUGAAUCUGGUCAAGAAAGAGCCUCUUCCAGCAGAUGCUCCACCACUACCAGAGGAGAACCCACCAGAGGACAUGUCUGGGGAGACUGAUGGAGAGUUUAUGUGUGAGAAAGAUGAGUUUGCGGACCUGGUACAAGACCUCAAACAUGGCAGUGUGAUUGGCAGUCUUAGGAGGGGACUGACAGUGUACAAAAAGAGCUUCUCAGGUGAUCAACUGGUUGACUGGCUGCAGAAAGAGAAGGGCAUGGCCAGGGGUGAGGCCUGUAAUACUGGCCAAGCAUUGUUGCAGAAGAAGUACAUGGUGAGUGUGCGUGGCAGUGGGCAGCAGGAUGGCAGUUUUGGAGAAGGGAAAGACGCACUGUUCAGGCUGCUGGAGGAUGACCCUCAUUCAGCCCUCAACGCAGGACAGACGGCAGCCUGCAGUCCCAUCCCGGCUGCUGAGCUCUCUUUGCUUGUACGGGAGUUGAUUCUGAAAUUGUUCUCCGAGCAUCUCUCUGCCGAUGGCAAGUCUGUGGACUACAAGGGCAUGUCAGUGAACCCGGCCUUUGAGCGUUACUGUGAGCUCGCCAUUCAGCUGCAGAGGGUGGAGCUGCUUUCGCUGAGUCGGGAGGAGAAGCUGGCCUUCUUCAUCAACAUCUACAAUGCCUUGGUCAUCCAUGGGUACCUACGCCUGGGGGCCCCCACCAACAUGUGGCAAAGAUACAGAUUCUUCAACUAUGUGAGCUACCUGAUUGGAGGAGAAGUGUUCACAUUACAGGACAUUGAGAACGGCAUUCUGAGAGGGAACAGGAAAGGUGUCGCACAGCUUCUACGGCCCUUCUCCAAAACAGACCCACGACUCCAAGUGGCGCUUCCAGAUGCUGAGCCCCUCAUUCAUUUUGCCUUGAACUGUGGCUCAAAGGGCUGCCCACCAAUUAAAACAUACACUCCACAGGACAUUGACAGCCAGCUCCGCACAGCAGCUGAGGCCUUCUUGGAGAACGACGACGCAUGUAUUGUGGAUUCUGGGAAAAAAGAAGUGCGACUCAGUCAGAUAUUCAAGUGGUACAAAGCUGACUUUGGAGGAACGGAUGAAAAGUUGCUGAAGUGGGUGGUGGAGCACAUGAGUGACUCUCCAAAGAAGACCAGCCUGCAGGGUGUCCUUUCUGCUGGGAAGACCAAAGUCAGCUUCCUCCCUUACGACUGGAGCAGCAACAGUACCCACUGAGCAACACGCACACACAAAUGCAUUCACGUCCAGCUAUAUGCUACGUCUCUUUACAUCUCUCCGCUUUCUACUGAGCUGCAUCUACUUAAACGACCAGAAGGUUGGUCACGAUGACGUGCUUGCCAAACGCAAUCCACUGGUCCUCAACCAUGCAAAUGGUUCUUUAUGCAAAACAAACUGUAAAUCCAAGUGGUGAGAGGGGCGCAUUUGCACUGUACCAUCGAAUUAUACUUUUCUUGUAGGCUUAUCCUAGCUUUAAGGUCUUACUGUAAGCUCCUACACCCUUUGUUUGGAAGAUAUAUACUGUGUAUGAGUUGUACAUUCAACCUUUAUUGGUUUGAAGUAACAGAGAGCCUAUUUUAGAAAUCAAGUUGCACACAGAAACUUUGUACUGCAGCAGAAUAAGUCCUAUAUAAAAUGUCAAAGUCUGAAUAUUUCAAAAGUUGCAAAAAAAAUCCUGCACACUGUCAAACUUGCAAAAGUAAAUUUUAAAUGCAACGUUUCAGAACGUAACUUGAAAAGGUACAUUUAGUCGCCCUAAUAUACUUUUACAAGUCAGUGUGCAAGAUUUUUCUUGCAACUACUACUACUACUACUACUACUUUGAACUAUUCGUCUCUCUCCUACGAACCUGUCUCAUGAAAUAGAUGUGCGACGUGUUCUUCUGAUCAAAACCUGAACAUUUCCCAAAUUAUUUUUAGUAAAUUAACACAUAGAAAACUUAAUAAAAGCAUACUGCAUAAUAAUAAUAAUAACAAUAUGGCAUCCAUGCUCUCCAGUCCUAGUCUUUAAACACCUUGUCAACAACUCAGGAGUCAUAGAUUAUCAUGAUCUUCUCAGUCACUACAUCACUCGUUGGGCUAUUUAUGCUGAGCAUUUUAAUCAGAGCAGAUUGAGAUGAUACAAACACGCUGCCUUGAUAAGCCAUAUCAAAACCCUCUGAACUUACAAACCGACUUAUUCAUGUUUGGUGGGCUGCAGAUUCUCCACAAAGCUGGUUCCGUCAUUAUAACCUGCAGAUGUAAACAAGUUGAUGUUGUUUUCUACAGGGAAAGAAAGUGAUAGCUCUUGAAGUUUUAACACUUCAUUGAAAUGGAUCAUUCGUGUAUCAUCCUACCCCGCUGACAUUAAAUACUAAAAUCUAAACACAACUUUGCCUGUGGCUGUAAAACACCAGAUGUUAGCCUUUUAAGGAUUUUUAAAGAAAUGUAUGAUCAUUUAUUUCCUUUUCUAAACAUCUAUAUCAAGCUCUUUUUUUCAUUGGACAAACACAAUCUGGUUAGAUGAUGCUACUGUCACUUAUCUUGCCAAUCGAUUGGCACAGUUGGACUGGAACUGUAGUGUGGUGCAGUGGCUAUGAGGGGCUGUAUCCUCUCAAGUCCCCAUCUUUGUGGUUAAUAUCCUUUAUAGGAUCUAGUCUCUGAGUUAAAAAAAAAAAACAGUUAGUUGCUUACAGCGCUCAGACUUUUGCAUGUCUUGAUCAGUUUUGAUUUCUAACCCCUAGUGGUACUUUCUUCCUUCCUUCACAUGAACCUGUGUGGUUGUCCACCCCUCUUUUUGAUCCAGGUCUUCCAUUUCAAAUUGGAAAAGUGCUACUGCUGUGUUUUUAGCAGAGUUAUUUGGUAAAAGAUAUAUAGUAAUAUUUUUAAUUAUAGAAAUAUUUAUCAAAACGACACCCCUUCGGGAUGCACUCUGACACUUUGCAUGUUUGUCACCAACUCUGAAUGCUGUUCAGACAUAUUUGUACUUUUUUUUUUUCACAAAGAAAACUGUUCAUUGUUGGUUAGUAUGAGAGUAAUGGGCUGUGUAUCCAGCUAUUUCCAGGGUGUCUGCGGGAAGUGGAAACAAUAGUCAUGAAUAAAAUGAAAUGUAGCAGUUUAAGUGUUGAUUAGAGUGUGUAGAUUGUCGGUAUGUCGAGUUUUCUGCCUAUAAAACUGUACAGGAUCCUUUUCAUCUCUUUUUCAUGAACAUUGAAAUUCAACUUCCGUUAGUUUUCCAUUUUACCUGGCCUUAAACAUUUGUAAGACUUCUUCAUUUUUAACAUAAAUCUUCCAGUGCGAAGCCCACACAUUAAUAUAAUUACUGUAUAUGUUUAUGAAAGAGUGUGUGGCUUAGAAAAACCUCUAUUUAAGGGCCUUUCUCUGUUUCCAUAAUUGAAGGAUUUUCUUAUCUCAGGUCAAAGGAAAAUGUAAGUGGAAACAAUAUUAAGUUUGAUGUCAUCAAUGCUCUGUAUCAUGCAUGUUGUGUAUAACAAUUUCAGCUCAGUCUGCACAGUCCAUAUUCCUUUGAAAAGACAUCGUCAUGCACAUUAUUAUAACUGUUUGUCCUUAAGCUAUAAGCAGCACCAAAGCAUAUGGUUGAAUUAGCAUGUGUUAAAACUGGAAUGCAUUUGCUGCACGAGAUUCUGGGGAUACUCUUCAAUCUUGAAUGCUGGCCUGUAGCAGGAGUCGCUGCCUCUCUCACUGCUGUGUUUCUAGCCUGUAAGCUCAGCCAUAAGAAAUAGUUUGACCUUAAUUCUUACCCUUAUUAACCCCCCAAUUAGACAAAUAAAGUGUCAGUCAGACUAUAAUAUUGGAAUACAAUAUGUGCAAUAGAUUUAAAACAUCACCUCAGUCUGGAAAAUAGACUGCACUUUUUCUGCAAAUACAUAUUCAGUGAUAAGUGCACUCUUGGCUUUACUACACUUAACUCAAUUUUUGAGUGACUGAUAGUAAAAAAAGACACUUUGUGUGAUAAAAUGGACAGAAGGGGUUUUAUUUACGUAUAUUGGUAAUCCCUGUACUUUCUCAAAAUUACCUCAUGUAUCAGGAAAAUGUGAUGCAAAAAGUUUUUUAAACAAGCAAUUCUGAUAUAAUCAUAUUUUCCUCUUUCCUGGGGUGAACAAUAAAGCAAUAUGUUUAUGAAUAGUAAAUAUGCAAUGCCGAACUAAAAAAUAAAUAAAAUAUGUAAUGA